GAGAGCCAAGAGACCUAUCAAGUGUUUGUGCGCCCCUCCAUAUCAGCUGAGUUCUGACAUCGCACCGCGUUUCCUUUCAUACAAAGACGCCUCUCGUCAGCGCAUCUCAGGCCGGGGUGGGGGAAUCUAAGCCCCAAUGGCUUAUCACCGGAUUGGACGGAAAGAUGACCACCGCGACCCGCCCUAUUCAACGCCGAAAGAUGAUGAAGACGAUGACUCCAAGGAAAGUUCGACCUCCUUUGUGAGCAAACAACCUGAGGAGACGCCUAUCACCUACCCCCCGGAGGUCCCUGCGAAACCCACUGAUACACCCAUCUCGAGCAGCUACUCUCCGACAAUGCCUGAAAAGGGAUCAGAUUAUGAUACUGACAGAUUGACCCGGUCUCCUACUGCGCGCCCGACGGGGCCCCCUUGGCAGACGGAUGAUAACUACCACCAAAGCAGUCGCUUUGAAACAUAUUCAUCGUCCCAAAUAGCAUACGAAGGGAAUAGCGGUUUUCAAACUACUUCCGCAACAACGACAUCGACACGAUCGGUCCACAGUGUAUCAUCAUCAUCGCCUCCAAAUGAGAAUACUUCUGAACUGCAGAAUCACGGAGCAGACAACGGUCCUAACCGAGGACCGAUAUACGCUGCUGCUGCCAUCGCACCCGUAGUGGUCAUUGUCAUAGGAAUCCUUGUAUUUUGCUGUUUGCGUAGGCGAAGACGGCAGAGGCAAGCAGUUGCCGAACAUGGACACGUCGAAGAGAUGAAGAUGCGGCCGAAACCCGUCGCUUUACCCUACUUGGCACCCAUAACGCCCCCUUCUCCUCCUCCAGCAGUGUUACCCCAGUACUCCCCAUCAACGCCAUCGUCCAGCCAUCCCCCAACUGCAAGCUCAUCACAACCCAUAAUCCUGGGACCGAUUCCUUCUGGCAACAACGGUGCAUACUUGACCGGCAUGGACACAUCCGACCUUAUAUCUAUGACCUCCGCAGGCGGCAUCAGCAGACAGGGCACCGUAGUGGAUCGAGACCCGUUCGCGGACGGAAGAAGCCUAGAAGAAGCACCGCCACCGUAUCGGCCCAGCAGUCUUCCUCCUGUGAGCAUCGCGUCUACUUCUCGAAACAACAGCGUUCGAAUAACCGACCCUGCGCGCAUGACUACACGAACACAAGUUUUCGAACGCUCGCCUUUCGACGAUCCUGAGGACGACAACAUAUCAGAAGUCUCAGGACCGACAUUUGGGCGAAAUACUGAUGCAAUGUCCAAUGUCUCCGAACUCUCAUACCAGGUCGACCCCGUUGUCGGCAGGUCGCCAUUCUGAUAAGCGUUCGUUCUGGACUAUGUUUUCCCAACUUAAUGUAUAUACCUGAGCUAGUUGUCUCUCGUCGACGAAUUUUGUGACCUAGAGCAAGCAUGCGUAUCGGUGUUGAGGUGUUUGUUUGACUGGAAAACGGCAGUUGGUGUAAAGGAUGAAAUUAUUCACAAUUACCUAGUCCGAAUAUGAGUCCAUGACGAAAUAAGGCGUUCUGGCUCCGAGGACCGCACAAUCGGCUCGGCUGACCACGCAGAAUACAACGUGUCCAAAAGACAGGGCCUUUUGAA